UUCGUUCUACAACUAAUGUGAUCACAUGUGGCUCAAUGGUGUAUGUACACUUGCUUUCUACUCGCUAAUUUACUUGUUCUAAUCUCAUUUCUAUCAUUUUAGAAACAUUAAAAUUUAAACUCUCCGUUGGCCUGUAGUUAGGUAAAGACGACCGCUAGGCAAUAUUGAUAGCGAAUCAGAUCAAACCUGAGACGGAUUGUAAUACAUUUUAUAAAUUUGAAAUAGAGGCAUUUCUUUUAUCGACAACGUAUGGAAAAAAUUAUUGAACGAGCAUACAAUCGCCUCUAUAAUGAAAAUGUUAAAAAUUUUACCGAUUACAUGUUUUCAACGCGUGAUACACGUGCUAUUGAAUAUUUUGCUGUAAUAAAAAAUUUACUUCAACAGCUAUAUACGAAACCAAUACCAAAAAAACUUGAAAGACAUGCUUGA